CCAUAUGGACGUUUUGUKACUGUAUUCUGGUUUUGCAUACAAGGAGAGACACGAAUGGCAUGGUGUGGUGAACGUUUGUCGUUGUUUAUGAUAACAGCGUCUUCUAAUUAAGUAGGCUACAGCAAUCAUGUUGACAAUUUAGAAACUUGCCUUCCAUGUGCGAGCACAACGUGGGAAUUCGUGGAACGUGGAAAUCGGUGGCAGGUGAUGGCUAUGAUGCCUCGAGAGUAGACUGUUGAAAACGUCCUAGAAUACUACAGGCGAGGGACACGGAUGAUGACAACAAUGAGAACGCUCGCUGCAAGUUGUCUGACUGCCAGGACGACUCGUCAGCGGAUAGCGGGGCAGCAGCAGGAAACAAUGCUGGACGAGAUCUGGAAGCGGUUCAGAUGCAUCUCACCUGCCUACCCGAGUGAUACAUGACGGCUAAAUUAACUUUAUCAGGAUAUAUGCUCUGCUGGGAAGUACUGAGAACUCAACCAGACCCAGGAAGCUCUUGAGGACUCAGAAGGACUGCAGAACACAGAGGGAUUACAAUUAGAGGUGGAGGAGGGGGAUUUGGGACCCGGCGACCCCCAAGACUGGAGCCGGGACAAGGUGAGGAAGUGGAGCGGUGGUGGGAGUGACAGCACCUCGUCGGAGGAGUACUUUGACUCGUGUUCAUGGAACAGUGACACGCUGUGUGACACGCUGUGUGACACGUUGUCUGACACGUUGUCUGCCGUACUGGGGAUGGAGGACGUACACGCGGGAUGGAAGAACAGCAGAUACCACACCGAGGGGCACUGUAGAGCCAGAUACACAGCACCGAGGAGCCAGCACAACCACAGCACAGAGAACACAGAGACUCACGUAUGCAGACCCAGCACAGAGAAACAGCCCAGCACAGAUACAGCACAGAAUCAGCCUUGCAACACAGAGAUAACAAACACAUACAUAAACACAGAGAGAUACAGCAUAGAGAUUCAUAACCUACAACACAGCGCAGAGAAGAAGCGACACAAACACAGCACGGAGAUAGAAACCCAGCAUAGCACAGAGAAACACAGCACAGAGACAGAAACCCAGCAUAGAACAGAGAAAGUCAGUACAGUGGUUCAUGUCACUCAAAUCACAGGUAAUCAGAAAACACUAAUAGACCAGACAGAGUCCCACAGACAGAAUUGCCCAGCCGGACACCAGCUCGACAUCUCACAAAGCACGGAAACGUUUACACAGAGAAACGGCACAGAGACACAAAUGCAGAGCAGCACAGACAAAUGGUGCACAGGGUUAGCCAACACAGGUAGAACAGGGAAAGAGAGCACAGGGUUAGCCAACACAGGUAGAACAGGGAAAGAGAGCACAGGGUUAGCCAACACAGGUAGGACAGGGAAAGAGAGCACAGGGUUAGCCAACACAGGUAGAACAGGGAAAGAGAUCACAGGGUUACCCAACACAGGUAAAACGGGGAAAGAGAGCACAGGGUUAGCCAACACAGGUAGAACAGGGAAAGAGAGCACAGGGUUAGCCAACACAGGGAUAUUUAAUCAACAUAGCAUGGAUAUAAAACAUAUAGAUCUGCUGUCCACUCUGCACAGUGUAGAGAAACAUAAUUCACAAAUACACAGCAGUCACCUGGAGCAGGUAAGCCUUGCCAGCCAGAAUACAUCUAGUACCGACAGACAGGUGACACACAACCAGCACAUUGCAGAGACACACUGCAUAGACACACACAACACAACAGAGACACACUGCAGACUCACACACAACACCGCCAAACCAGACCCACACUGCAGACUCACACACAACACAGCAAAGCCGGACACAUACUGUGAACUAAUUGCAGAGCCCAGUACUGACACACAGUGUACAGAAACACACACCACAGACACAAUCUGUAUGGACACACAACGCACAGAGGGGAGUAGUCCACCCACCACAGAGAGGAGUAGUCCACCCACCACAGAGAGGAGUAGUCCACCCACCACAGAGAGGAGUAGUCCACCCACCACAGAGAGGAGUUUAGUCCACCACCAAGGAAGAGAGUAG